ACUGGAUACCCAGCGUGAGUGUAUACCGUGAGGGCCUUUGUGCUCUCGGACAGCGUGUAGUGGUCAGGGAAGGCCUCCGAGAGGAAGAGGUGACCCACCACCCCAGGCGGCACAGUGGUGAGGAGGCCCCGGAGGGGCUGGUCUGGGGGAAUGAGCCUGGGGGAGAUGGAGGCCAGAACACACGGGCCCCGGAGCGUUGGGCUGAGGAGCCAGGGCUGCAGCCCAGGAAAGGGACAGACAGAGUGGUCUUGGGUUGCGGAGAGUGCUGCGUGGGGCCCCAGUGGGGCUGUGUCCCCCAGGGGGAUGCCAAGGCUGGCAACGUUCAGCGGCUCGUCAGGUGGAGAGGAGCAGGUGAACACGAGAGAUUUCAGGGAGAAAGAGCAGCAAGACGGGGUGAGGCGCUCAAGCUGGGACGCCGAGUGGGAAAGCCAGGAGUUGGCUAGAGAAGGGUCCCGGCUGGAGGCACGGCCAGGGAGUGUCAGGCCAGGGUGCACAGCUGCCCAGGGCGGGUCGGGGGAAGGUGGGAACGCAUGAUGCAGGGAGCCAGCCUGCCACCAGACGCUCGUGCCCAGCUGAACCAGGUGCGGGCGCAGGCUGUUUGCCUUCAGGCGGCCAGGGACUCCCUCCAGGCUCCCCUCCCCCCGCCUGCGGCUGCUCUGGACGGACGGACGGGAAGUGGCCCGAAGGGGAAGUGUGAGGAGUUCCCGUCCAGCCUGUCAUCAGUCUCCCCAGGUCUCGAAGUGGUGGCCCUGCUCCCUGCCGUGACCAUGGACCCUGUGGAGACCCCUGUCAAGGAUGGCAUCCUCUACCAGCAGCAUGUCAAGUUUGGCAAGAAGUGCUGGCGGAAGGUGUGGGCUCUGCUGUAUGCAGGAGGCCCAUCAGGCGUGGCACGGCUGGAGAGCUGGGAGGUCCGGGAUGGUGGCCUGGGAGCAGCAGGUGACAGGUCGGCAGGGCCUGGCCGGCGAGGGGAGCGACGGGUCAUCCGCCUGGCUGACUGUGUGUCGGUGCUGCCGGCCGACGGUGAGAGCUGCCCCCGGGACACCGGUGCCUUCCUGCUCACCACCACCGAGCGAAGCCACCUGCUGGCCGCGCAGCACCGCCAGGCCUGGAUGGGCCCCAUCUGCCAGCUGGCCUUCCCGGGGACAGGGGAGGCCUCCUCAGGAUCCACAGAUGCCCAGUCUCCCAAGAGGGGUCUGGUCCCUAUGGAGGAGAACUCCAUCUACUCCUCCUGGCAGGAAGUGGGCGAGUUUCCCGUGGUGGUGCAGAGGACCGAGGCCGCCACCCGCUGCCAGCUGAAGGGGCCGGCCCUGCUGGUGCUGGGCCCAGAUGCCAUCCAGCUGAGGGAGGCCAAGGUCACCCAGGUCCUCUACAGCUGGCCCUACCACUUCCUACGCAAGUUCGGCUCUGACAAGGGCGUGUUCUCCUUUGAAGCCGGCCGCCGCUGCGACUCGGGUGAGGGCCUCUUUGCCUUCCACACCCCCUGUGCCCCCGACCUGUGCAGGGCUGUGGCCGAGGCCAUCACCCGCCAGCGGGAGCGACUGCCAGAGCUGGCCAGGGCCCAGCCCUGCCCCCUGCCACGGGCCACCUCUCUGCCCUCCCUGGACGCCCCCGGAGAGCUGCGGGAGAUGCCACCAGGACCUGAGCCACCCACCUCCAGGAGGGUGCGCCUGGCUGAGCCCGGACCCCAGAGCCUGCCGCUACUGCUAGGCCUGGAGCCCAGCGAUCCGGCAUCCGGGCUCUACGCCUCAGUGUGCAAGCGUGCCAGUGGGCUCCCACGCAUGGAGCACCUCUAUGAGAACCUGUGUGUGCUGGAGGCCAGCCCCACACCGCACAGCGGGGAACCUGAGCAGCACGAGGGCCCUGGCGGCCGCAGCCCCACAGCCAGUCCCAUCUACCACAACGGCGAAGACUUGAGCUGGCCCAGCCCAGCCCAUGACAGCAGUCUGGAAGCCCAGUACCGGCGGCUGCUGGAGCUGGAUGAGGCAGAGGGCACAGGCCGCCCUGACCCUCAGGCAGGCUUCAAGGCCAAGCUGGUGAACCUGCUGAGUCGUGAGCGGAGGAAGGGCCCUGCCCCUUGUGACCGGCCCUGAACACCCAGCAGAGUGGUGGCCAGAGGGGAGAGGUGCUCCCCCUGGGACAGGAGGGUGGGAUGGUGGGCACAUAGUGGGCCCAUGCGGACACACGCCUGUGUCUACCCUGGCCUGCAGGAAUGAGGCAGGCCGCCUGUGGAGGACCUCCGCCCUGCCCUGCCCUCCACAUAUGCGGUGUGCAGACUCGCAGAUAAUAAAGCUCAGAGCAGCGCCCAACAGGGGCACUCACGGCA